CCCCUUUGCCUUAUUCUAUCGGAUUUUUUCCUAAGCCUCUUCCUGGGAUUUUCCUUUGGAAAAGUCUCUGAGGUUCCACCAAAAUAUGGAACUUGAUUUUGGACAUUUUGACGAAAGAGAUAAGACAUCCAGGAACAUGCGAGGCUCACGGAUGAAUGGGCUCCCUAGCCCCACUCACAGCGCCCAUUGUAGCUUCUACCGAACCAGAACCUUGCAGGCACUGAGCAACGAGAAGAAAGCCAAGAAGGUACGUUUCUACCGCAAUGGGGACCGCUACUUCAAGGGGAUUGUGUACGCUGUGUCCUCUGACCGUUUUCGCAGCUUCGACGCCUUGCUGGCUGACCUGACUCGAUCUCUGUCUGACAACAUCAACCUGCCUCAGGGAGUGCGUUACAUUUACACCAUUGAUGGAGCCAGGAAAAUCGGAAGCAUGGAUGAACUGGAGGAAGGGGAAAGCUAUGUUUGUUCCUCAGACAACUUCUUUAAAAAGGUGGAGUACACCAAGAAUGUCAAUCCCAACUGGUCUGUCAAUGUGAAGACGUCUGCCAAUAUGAAAGCCCCCCAGUCCCUGGCUAGCAGCAACAGUGCCCAGGCCAGGGAGAACAAGGACUUUGUGCGCCCCAAGCUGGUGACCAUCAUCCGCAGUGGGGUGAAGCCUCGGAAGGCUGUGCGCGUGCUUCUGAACAAGAAGACAGCCCACUCUUUUGAGCAAGUCCUCACUGAUAUCACUGAAGCCAUCAAACUAGAGACCGGAGUUGUCAAAAAACUCUACACUCUGGAUGGAAAACAGGUAACCUGUCUCCAUGAUUUCUUUGGUGAUGACGAUGUGUUUAUUGCCUGUGGUCCUGAAAAAUUUCGCUAUGCUCAGGAUGACUUUUCUCUGGAUGAAAAUGAGUGCCGAGUCAUGAAGGGAAACCCAUCAGCCACAGCUGGCCCAAAGGCAUCCCCAACACCUCAGAAGAGUUCAGCCAAGAGCCCUGGCCCCAUGCGCCGGAGCAAGUCUCCUGCUGACUCAGGUAACGACCAAGACGCAAAUGGAACCUCAAGCAGCCAGCUCUCUACCCCCAAGUCUAAGCAGUCUCCCAUCUCUACGCCCACCAGUCCUGGCAGCCUCCGGAAGCACAAGGACCUGUACCUGCCUCUGUCCUUGGAUGACUCGGACUCACUUGGUGAUUCCAUGUGAAGGAGGAGAGAGCGUUCAGAGUCCAGAGUACAAAUCCAAGCUUACCGUUACAAUAGGGUACUUCUGCUCAAGUGUCCAACAGGGCUAUUGGUGCUUUCAAGUUUUUAUUUUUUGGUGGUGUUGUUAUUUUUAAAAACAUACUGUAAUAUGUUGGGUUUAUUUUCCUGUGAUUUAUCCUCUGGGCCACUGAUCCACAGUUACCAAUUAUAAGAGAUAGAUUGAUAACCAUCCUUUGGGGUAACUUUCCAGGGAUGCAAAAUGUGCUAGUCCAUGACGUUUCUAUUGAAUAUUUAGGCGACUGCGUUAUUUUCCCCGUCUCACUUUGCUCAUACAUGACAGUCUUCCUUCUGUAGAGGGUUGCUUACAUACACAUCACUUAAAAUGUGUGUGUGUGGGGAAAAACCUCAUUGGCAAAUCCAAGAGUGACAAACACAAGUGCCCCUUGUCUUCCGAUCUCAAGAAUGCUGGAGGCUCCUAGGAGGACGGCAAGGCAGCUUCCCAGCCUCGCUCUUCACUCCUGAUUGAGCCCCCAGUUUGUUGUCUAGCACCAAUUCUGGCUGCCAAGGGGGAGAAACACCAGCAACUUGUAAUUCUGACACCAGAUGCUUAGGACCCCAGUGUGAGGGCUAGCUAAAAGAGACUAGGCAGCAUUGGGAAACACUGUAGACAUUUCAGUAGAGUUUAUAAAGCACAGUGAAUUCCUUGUCAACCUCUCCACUGGGACACUUUGGAAUCAAUAAGCAAUUAAUAAGAGUUGGGGGUGAGGGACUUCAUAUACCGGAUUCCACUAGGAGGCUGUCUAACAUAGCAAAUUAUUACACAAACUGUAUGGUAUCCAUCUAUCUCUAUUCUAUUGAAUGCCUUGUAAACAGCCAACACUGAAAACACUGUGAAAUUUGUUUUCAGGUCUGACACCUUUUGGUCGCUUUUUAUAGCAAGAAGCCAAUAUCCUUUUUAUAAAACAUUUCUGUAUUUCAGGAGCAAACUCUUCAGGCUCCUUUUUUAUAAACUGGUGAUUUUCUUUUGUCUAAAAAACACAUGCAGAAAAUUUAUCAAAAAAAUGCAGAAGAAUAACGUAGUUUAGAAAUCAUGCUGUCACUGCCAAACAGAAACCUCCAGGAGAAAACAAAAUGAGUAGCAGAGGCCAAUUCAAUAGAAUCAGUCUUUUGAUAACUUUUUAACAGUUAUGCUUACAUUAAUAAUUUCAAUGUGGACCAGACAUUCUAAUUAUAUUUUAAAUGAAUGUUAUGGCAUAUUUUAAGCAACUCUUUUUUAUCUAUAAUCCUGGUAUUGCAUACUGAAGACACAGAAACCUUUCACUUGUCUUUAACACUAGAAAGGAUUUUCUCUUUGCUAAGGACUGAUCAUUUGACAUAGUUCUUAGUCUUUGAGGUACAGGUUCAUAACACUGCUUUUUGUUUGUGAUCACAGCCCAUAAUGGCAAAGACAAUGAACUUUAAGUGAAAGCCAUGCAUGCCAAUUCUGUGUUUGCUUUUAGCAGAUAUGAAGAUGUCCUUAUUUCUUUGUAAUUGUUCGGAUAGUUUGAAAGGUGCAGCAUUCGAAGCCAAGCUGCUGUUUGGCUAUUGAACGACUUGCAGUUGUUCCUCCACUUUAACUGGAAUAAGCUUGCUGUGUGUGUGUGUGCAGCUGCUUCAUAAUUGGGAGAUACUACAGGAUACUCCAACAUGGAUCAGUGACAACGGCUGAUGUGCAUUGUGUAGGAGGGGACUCAAUGGUGGAAGGAGUAGCUCAGAUGCCCCAGACAAGCUUCAGAUGUCCUUAGCUACAAGAAACAUUUUUGGUUCAAGAAAAGUCCAGAUGAUGGUAGUACUGGUUCCUGGUUAACUGGUCAUUGAAGAACCCCAAAUUUGAGAAUCUCUUUUUGCCCCUCUUCUUUAUUUGUAGGCCUGUUAGAAACCAUUAAGAAGCCCAUUUUACUUACCCCCUACCUCUUUCUAGAAGCUAAGGUUUUCUUAGUACCUCCCAGAAUAGUUUGUAGUUAAUUGGGAAAAACUGGUACUUGGAAUGGGGGGGUGUAGAGAAUGGUAAGAGGCCUGUUUGUAAAAUUCAGGCCUGAUCCCCAAAGAUUCCACCCAUAGUCUUUCUCCAGAUCUCAUUUAAUCCAAUUCCUUCAAUUUAAGAUGAAACAGAGGCUGAGGCAGCUCAAUGACCUGCUGGCAAAGAGCAAGACCAGAGGAGGAAUUCAGAUUUCCUCCUGUGCAGGCCCUAUGCUACCUCUCUGAGCAUUUCCUUGCUUGUGGAAUAUGCACCAUUAGAAAGUACUAAAUGGACAUAUUUUCUUUAGAAUGAUCUUUGAACCAACAAUCUUCUAUAAUAAUAGUAGAUUUUCCAUUUUUCUUUUAAUCAAUUAUAAGGAAAUGUUUCUGUACUGCCACUUCAGAGGGGCUUGACAUAGUUAAAAAUUCAAGCCUUCAAUAAUUGCAUUUUAAAUUAGCCCAUUUUCAAGACAAAAAAUAAAAUUGUAACUGAGCGCCUUCACCUCUGUCGUUCAUUCCCAGUUUUACCCAAUCCAGUUUUACCACUAAAGUCCCAUUGUGUUACCUUCUGCACAGUCAGCAAAUAUCAAGUAUUUAGCAAGCAUUUACAUCCACUCCCCCAUUCUCCCUCCUUCUUUUCACACACACACACAAACACACACACAAUCCAUCUGUUGCUUGUUCCUACCUCCUGAUUUUUCUCCCUUACAGAAAUAGAAAUAGGGACAAAGAAGGGGAAAAUGUAUAUAUGGGGGCUGGGCUGAACAACUUCAUAAGUAGUGUUAACUAGGGGUAAAUUGAGAGAAAAGUUCCUUUUCUCUUCACUGUUUGGGAAAGGAUAGCCAUUAGCAUGACUGCUUCGUGUCCUUACAGACUUUAGUAUUAGCCUAGAUUGAAUCAUAGAGUUUUCUAGCUGGAAGGAACCUUAAGAUCACAUCAUCUACUUCAAAUUCCUCAUUUUCAGGCCAGGAACAGAGAUACAGAGGUAAAGUAAUUUCCCCAAGGUCACACAGCUGGCUAGGGGCAGGGCUGGGAUUAGAACCCACAUCUCCUGGCUCUUAUUCCAGGGCCUUUUCCCGCUGAACUGUAUUGCCUUCCACUAGGCUCCUGAGCAUUCUUUCCCAGGGUCAUGUUGCAUCUUGGAGCCAUAUGCUGCUGCCCUGAUCUCAGUGGAAAAUCCUCCCAGCAACCUAAUACAGCUCUUUCUCCCUGUAUUCAUAUGGUUCCCAUCCACAUGGACUGCAGAUGUCUCCAAAGAGAAGGAGGCAUUGAGGACCAACAGGAACAAUGGGGUCCCUCACCUUGUCCAUCCAACACAAGGGAUCACUGCCCCACCUUGAGGAGCUCUCAGAACAGCCCCCUGAGCUUCUGUCCUGUCCAAAUGGAAUGGAGGAAGACUGGUUUUCUUUGUCAGCUCAACUCAUCUCAUCUCAUACUGGUUGGUCUUCACGGGCUGAUGGAAAUGUUUCUUGUUCUUAGAGCAGGGAAAGGAAGGAAGGAAGAGCGGAACAAUAGCUUUGUUCAUCCUAACUUUCUGAGGUGGCUUUUCAGUAUUUUUAAAUGACUUUGGCUAUGAUUCAUUGGCAAUAAUUUCUUUUAAAAUAUGGGAGUAAGAUUAGCUAGAGAAAAUAACCUGGUCUUGCUAUGGUAGCCCUCAUCCACAAUGUCCCCAUAGCCAUCCUGCCCUGAUGGGGACAAUUUCUAGGUAUAAGCAAGGGGCUUUGUGACCAAAAAGUACCCUGGCUGAUGUUAAACAUUUGCUUCUUGUAUUUGCACUAAAAUAGCAAGGUGUGUGCUCUACACACCAUACUCAUCUUCUUGUGUAUACUGCUCCUGUGGCCUUCCAUGGCAGAAACCAGGGCAACAAGAUCUGAACACAUAGUUUUCCUUGCAGCAAGGCUCUUCCUGGGAACUAAGGGGUCUUCAUUAGUUCAGUUCCAAGAGACCUCCUUCUGGGCUUACCCCACUCCUAAGGAAGUUCUCUCUCUUUCCUGCUUCUUCCCAACCAGCAGUAACCAAGGAACCUUAAAGUGGAUGUGUAAUUAUCUGAAUAAGGCAAGAAGGGGUCUGAGCACCUAGAUCCUUCUUUAAAUCACCCAGCCCGAGGCUUAGACCAGCAAUCCAGUGCUUGCCUUGGACAAAAUUGUGUCUACUUCCCUAGUCCCUUCAAAACUCUGGAUGGUCAUGCCCCCAGUCCCCCUCGGAUUUGGUUCUACAUAGCUUUUCUUUUCUUAAAAACACAUCUCCAUUGGACAAGGGAACAAGCAUGUCCAUGUCCCCAAAAUGAGCUCCAGCACACUGAUGAGAAUUUUCCCAAAGAUCAGCCCAGCUCAGAAACAUCUAUGCCAAGAGACUUUCCUAGACAGAUGCACUGGGACCGUGGGGUUUGAAUGACCUGUUUCACUAUCCAGUUUGCAAUGGAAAUAAAAGGCAGUGGAGAUUUCUUUCUUUAAAAAAAUGCAUUGGAACCUGUCCUUGGCCACAUGGGGCCACCUGGAUCUCCAAGGCCAGGCCUCACUCACGUAUUGCCCUCAUUGCAUUAAGGGAUUUGGCUCUUAGGCCUAGGCUGGUUUCCUAAGUAAACCAUCGGUAUUUUGAAACUCAUCUGGGAUGGGGGAGGGGUUAAAGUCCUAUGUUUUGGGACCAGGAAACUUGAGAGAAUAAAGGCCAGCCAUUGAUAUGCCAGAAGUGAUCUGAGACCUCUUGUAUAGCAAUGGAGCCUUGCUGGGCUUCCUUGGUCUCUCUCCUAGUAUGGAACUUCGAAGCUAUCACACUUCUGCCUCUGCCUGAAGAAGGAGACCCCGUAUUAGCCUCGUCCACUGUUCUGUGAUUUUAUGCAGGGUUUCCUCUUCCCUACAGGUGUGACCCCCUGAAGCAAGGAUACUGCAUUGAUUCCUCAUGCCUACCUUUUGGCUGGAGAGGCAUCUCCAACAGGUUCUCUGGCUGUUGGUGGCCCAGACCCAGUCUAGUGCUGUUAACAGUCAGUGGAUUGCCCUUAGCCCUAAAGGCUGUGAUUAUGGACCAAGACAACACAAGUCAUUGUUUAAAAAUAAAUUCCUAAUUUUAUUCUUCCUCUGGCUAGCAGACCUCACUUCCCUAGUAGGUAAAGGGCUAGAGAUUUUUGUAACACAGCAGCCAAGACGUGUGCAGGGAGGAAAAUGCGUUUCUAAACCCAUAGAGCAGUGGCUCCCAUGGGCAACCUACUAUGGGCUGGGACUGUUAGCAGUUUCUCUUAACCCCUUCCACUUUUUCUUUUCAGAGACUAGAAGGCUCCCUCUCCAUCAGCCUGUCUUUCAGUAUGCCUGGCUAGAGAAUUUUGCCCCUCCUAUCUCUUCAGGAAAAGGUGACUUCCUCCUCUGUCUACCCCACCCUGGUCCCCAGAGCUUGUCUUGUCUCCAAAGAUCUAGUGUGGUCUUUACACCCCGCCUCUUGGUAUUGGUGUUGCUUUCUGCUUGUUUCCUGUUAAGGAUCCAUGCAGCCCUCCUACUUUGGCUUAGGCAAUGUGACACUGGUUAUCAUAUGACAAGACUCUUGAACUCCCCUGCUAACUGCCUAACUUUUUAUCUUAGUUUAUAGGCUUCAACUUCCUCUGGAAUCAGAGGUAGUCUUAUCUUACCUUGGAUGCCCGGGGCUAGGAGAAUAUAGAAUUCCCAUUGGGAAUUAAGGCAUCUUCCUGCACCUGAUUAGAAGGACAUGCUAGUUGGGAGAGGUCAGAUGGCACAACAGAAGUCAGAGAAAACACCUUGUAAACUAAGGCAAAAAGUUGGAGGCAUUGGAACUUCUCGUUUCUGGGUUAAUAACCUGAGGAAAUCAAUGGCUUUUUGCCACUCUCUACCUCCCAUGUGUAUCUCUGUCUUUUCUUUCUCUCUCUAGUUCACUAUGUUUGCUCUUGGUUUUGUCCUCUGUGUUAUCAUGCUCUUUCCACAGUACAAAUGUCCAUCCUUUGUCCUCUGCAGUUCUUCUCUCUCUCUCUUUUGUUGUCUCCUUCUUUAUUUUUUCCUUCCUCCUUGUCGAGGCAUUGGUCAUAUGCUUCUUUUUAGCCCUGUGAUUUUGCCUUGGUGAUGAGAAGUUAUUUCAAGACUCAACCAGCCCUGAUCCUACCCUAGUCCGUUCAGAAGUUGGUUGAUGGGAAUCAAGCUGAUCCUGGCCCUCUCUUCUUCUCCAUUUUCAGUUGUAAUUCCUCAGAGCAGAUCCUCACAAGCAGUUUCCUUAUAGCUCAUGUAUCUUUGGGUCUUUGCCUUCCAAACACUGUACAGAAUACUUUGUGGUUCCUUUUUAGUCUGCCAUUUUGUGGAGCAGUGAAGUGUGCUCAGAGAAAUAAUCAGCUGAAGCGAAAAAUCCACCCAUGGAUUCACAUCAGCUAAAUACUAUUAAUUGAUUUUUAAAAAUUUGCUCAUAGUUUCAAAAGCUGCAAUAUAAUAUAAUGAGAGACCACAGGUAAUUUCUCCUGUCAUUCGGUUUGGCUGGGUG